CGGAAAAUAAGCUUGUAUGUUUACAGGCGUGAGGCGAUGGUAUAGCUUGCUGUCGGAGAUGAACAAAGUCACGAGCCGAUAAAUGGUUAUAAAUUGAAGUAAUUCAGUUGUAAAAGAUAACAAAACAAAUACCCAUCUGACUUCUCGUUUUCUGCAACAUAAAUUGUUGCUUAGCAACAAGCUGAAACAGUUUAAACAAGAAUUCCGUUGGCUGAAGACAGAAGCAGUACUGGUAUUACAGAAGUAUUAUUUCCCACGAUGCCCAAUAUACUUCGGGUAAAGUGUGCUGUUGUCGGUGAUUCGACUGUCGGUAAAACUGCUUUAAUGCAAAUGUUGUUGUCAGAGGGUAGACAGUUUCCGAAAAGUUAUACAAUGACUUUAGGAGCUGAUUUGUUUGUGAAGCAGAUUCCAAUCCAGGAUACGGACGAUGUGGUUGAACUAUACCUGUACGAUUCAUCAGGAUUGGAAAUCUACGAAGAUCUCCUACCAAAAUAUUGGAAUGAACCAAACAUGAUGAUGGUUCUUUAUGAUGUUACAUCGGAAUCAUCAUUCCAGGCUGCAAGUCAAUGGACAACACUGGUUCGGAAUUUCAUACCUAAAAAGUUUGCAGAUGUAGCACCUGGGAUCUUGUUUGCAAAUAAAGUUGAUCUUGUUGAAAGAAGAACUAUUAAUGAACAAAUGGGAACUGAAACAGCUGAAAAAUUUGGUCUUCAUUAUUUAGAAGGAUCUGCUAAGCAGAACCUAGGUGUGAAGGAACCAUUUUCUCUGCUGGCUCAAGAAUGGUUUGGAAUAGUUCACAGAACACCAAGAAACUUUGGUGUUUCCUAAUGGAACUUGAUUGUAUAUUUCAUAAAAUACCUUAAAAACUUGAGUGUGCUUCUUUGUUUACUUAUACAAUAUAAAAUUUUGAUUACAUUCUCCAACCACUUCACUAUAUUUACAAAAGCAAUUUAUCUGGUUAGUCUUCUGAUAUUUUAUACAGGUAGUAAUAUGUAAUUUGUGUGAUGAUAUUACAUGUCUGUUUGGUUACUAUGGACUUGCUGUCACAGAGUAUCUUCUAGUCAUAAAAAUUGAUGUAUUUUAUUAUAUAGCUGCUUUAGAUAUCCAUUUACAAAACUCCAGUCUUUAGCUUCAUAUAAUAACUAAAUACACUCUGAAAUAAAAAAAAUUCACUCAUUGAAAAGUAAAGGAUCUUCAGGUAUAGAUAACAUCUCUAAUAAACUGUUGAAAUCCUGCAGUAAUGAUGUAAGUGUAGUACUUGCUCACAUUUGCAACACAUCUCUGUAUGAAGGAGGUUGUUCCAGAGAGAAUGAAAUAUGCCAUUGUGAGACCUCUUUUCAAGUCUGGCGAUGCUACAGAUGUAAAAAAUUAUCGUCCUGUCUCUCUCUUAACAACAUUUUCAAAGGUUCUUGAAAAGGCAUUGUAUAACAGUAUUGUGGCACAUCUUGAUAAACUUAAUAUUAUUAACCACAGACAGUUUGGUUUUCAAAAAGGGGUUUCCACAGAGCGUGCCACAUAUUCACUCACAAAUGUCGUCUUGGAGUCUAUUAAUAGUAAGAAGUUACCAGUUGGUGUCUUCUGUGAUAUUUCCAAGGCCUUUGAUUGUGUAAACCACAAGAUACUCUUGGAGAAGGCCUAUCAUUACGGAAUCAAAGGGCCUAUAGGUAACUGGCUAAAAUCAUAUCUUGAAGACAGGAAACAAAAGGUGGUUCUAAAUGGCUGCAACAAAGGAUCUUUGAAUCUAGUGGAUUCUGAAUGGGGCAAAAUACAGCAUGGAGUUCCCCAGGGAUCUGUCCUUGGACCCUUGCUGUUUUUA